UUAAGUAUUCUCCGAAAAUGACAAAUGACUCAUCAUACAGGGUUCAUGUAAAUCCCAGUGCAGGCGGACCAGCUCUCCAAAAGCUUCUUCCACAUUACAGGCGCACGGCAGGGCGCGAGAACGGCGCGUUUGGCGCGCGCCCCGUCGAACCCAGUAACUACUUGUGUUUUUAGGGUAAAUGAAUAAAUUGUAAUUAUACAUUAGGUUGACAAUGAAAGAAUGGAUGGACUAAGACAACAGCAGUUCACUGUAGAGUUUAUACCUCUCUGGUGUCAAACAUGAAGACCGAGUUAAUUAUUUUCCUUCACGUAACUCUUAACUACUUCCUUUUUGUUUGUCUGUGACUAAUUAUGAGUGCAGAGUGCACUAGAUACAUCAAAUGGCACUUUGUAUUAGAAUGUGUAGGUUCACCUUUGUAAAAUUCUGUUUAAAAUCACAUUUACCAUUUAAUGUCAGAAAAAGGCUAGAUAACAUUGCGUUGCAGAAACAUUUCAUCCCAUUGAUGUUGUCCCAUAAACGUUAAAGUAUUAUAUUCAGAUUAAUGAAGUAUACAAAGAACAAUCGGGAAUACCCCAGAAACCUCUGCGUAACACCGAAGUAAAAGACGUUAACCUCCGUGUUUGUAAUGACAAAAUUUAAAAAAGAACAUUUUUAAGGUGUUUAAUAAGCUUGUUUAAAAAAAGGGGGGGAAAGGUGUUUAAAAAAGUCUAUAUUUAUUCAUUUCUUGUUUGCAAAGUUAGUCUUUAAUAAAAACCUUGUGAAACCAGUUGGGUUUUUUUUGCGUGCAGGCUAUAAACCUUGAGCUUUGUGCUGAUGGCUUGACUUUGCAAGUAUUUACAAUUAAACUACACAAGUAAUUCAACUGUCUUUGCUUGACACCAACAGAUCAUCUAAUGAAUGAUUUGUUGCUUUUAAUGUUGUUGACCAAUAAAUAUAGUUAACAACAUUAAAAGCAUGAUUGUUGUACCUUCAUUCGUCUCUCUUCCCCCAUUUUCCAACCAUAAAGUUGUCAUCAUGACUUGGCAAAACUUCAGUCAGCCCACUUACAUGCUGAUAUGACUAAUCUGAGAUAAAGUUCAAAUUCUCAUGCUGUUGUUCUCUGCUAUUCAGUGCGGUCCUAACACAUCUGGUUUUUGUCCGUUGCCAUGCCUCUCUGGAUAGACAUGUCGACCAAAGUUGCCGUGGUGACAGGAAGCAACAAGGGAGUGGGACUAGCCGUCGUCCGAGCGCUCUGCAAGCAGUGGCAGGGGGACGUCUACCUCACCGCUAGAGAUGUUGAUCGAGGUCAGGAGGCCGUAGAGUCUCUGGCCUCAGAGGGGCUGAAGCCUCUGUUUCACCAGCUGGACAUCAACGACCUGAAUAGCAUUAAAACAGCUGCUGCUUUCUUCAAGGGGAAGUACGGAGGAGUGGACAUUCUCAUCAAUAAUGCCGCGAUAGCGUUCAAAGUUGCAGACACGACUCCGGUGGCUGUCCAGGCAGAAGUGACCCUACAGACAAACUUCUUUGCUGCCAGAGACGUCUUGACUCACUUCCUGCCGCUCAUCAAACCAGGCGGUCGUGUGGUAAACGUCUCAAGCUUUGUUGGUCCCCGUACCCUAAACAAGUGCAGCCUGGAGCUCCAGCAGCGUUUCCGUAGCGAUGACAUCACAGAGGACGAGCUGGUGGGCCUGAUGCAGCGAUUCGUCGACAAGGCCAAGAAAGGAGAGCUCAAGCAAGACGGCUGGCCCGAAAUGCCAUACGGCGUGUCGAAACUGGGACUGACUACUCUGUCCAUGAUCCUGGCUCGGCAUCUGUCCAAGAAAAGACCACAUGAUGGGAUCUUGCUGAACGCUUGCUGUCCAGGAUGGGUGCGCACCGACAUGGCCGGUGAGAGAGCAGCCAAGUCACCAGAUGAGGGCGCCGUCACACCGGCAUAUCUGGCCCUUCUGCCGCCUGAAACUACAGAACCUCAUGGAAAGUUUGUCUCUGACAAGAAAGUUCAGCCGUGGUGAACACUGGAUGAGUUUAAUUCUUCACAGAGGCAAAAAUCUGCAAAAUGUUUUAAGAAACGGUUGAAACCGGUUACUGAAAUAAGGUACAAAAGAACCUUAUUACCAACAACACCACAAACUGCAAAGUUUCACAAAAAAAGUCACUACAGCUACCCAGUCAACAACACAAGCAAAAGGCUUUACCAAGAUAUCCCAAAAGUGUUCUGAUUGGACAUCACAGAUGUAGUACAGAGGAGAGGUCAAGGGAAAAGCUGGCUCCCUUUGACUUUUCUCUCCCGUUUGACAUUUUGGAUUCUGGCAUUGGCUGUUACAUGCACACACAGAUAACGAUAAAGAUAUUCUUAAAUGCUGUGUUUUAUGCCAAAGACAAAUAUGUCAGACGAAACAACCUCAUUCAGAUGCCUUUAUAUUGUUUCUGGUUAAAGUCUUGUAAAUCAUCUCUGCUCCAUCUAUUCUCCCGUUGAGUCAGUACCCCAGCAGAUUGUGGGCCAGCGUGGUGCUGAUGUACAUUACGUGUAACAGUGGGAGUUGUAGUCUUGUCAGACAAGAGUAAAGCCCCGAUUACCUUGUAGAUAAAAACUAAUCCGUUGCGUGGGAGCAGCGUGGAGAUGGCCAGAGACAGAGGGGAAAGAUAAUCCUCUAAUCUCUGCUGUCUGCCAGAGGAAUUUCCCUCGCAUUCCCUUUGAUGAUCAUAAUGACCGUCACUGUCAUUGUUUGGAAGCGCUGAACGGGCAUUAUAAUUACUUUAUUGAUCCUGCAGUUGGGAAUUCCUUCAGUGGUAAAUUCACAAGUGAUACAACUAAUACAGUCAUCAAUAACAACUUUGAUUACAUGCAGCACACUAUUAGGGCGGACAGCAGGCCUUGUUUCUCUAUAAUUCAUCUAUCUGACCAAACGUUUAUAUAUUUUUAACAUAAAUGGCACAAUUUAUAACAGGGGUGUCAAACUCCAGUCCUCGAGGGCUGCAGUCC